AGCACCUCAAAUGAGGUAAGGAAAAAAAAUUUAAAUAAAAAACGUGAUAAAAUUAAGUGAGAAAUUCAAUUCGUUUUCUGCAGUCAUGGAAUGAAAUGAGAGUCCGAUCUAUGGACACAGCCUGAAUCAACCAUUCCAAAAACUGAGUGUGUGUUGCACACACGCAGUGUAGAGAGAGAGAGAGAGAGAGAGAGAGAGAGAUGGGGUUGGGCUUUCUAGCUUCGAGAGCCUUGCGAACGACCAUCCUCCAUAGAUCGUCCUCCAGUGUUGUUCUCAAAUCUCAGAACCCUAGCAAUGCUCUUCGAACAAUCGUCUCAACGCCAGAACUCCAAACCCCAGAGUCUUCUGCAGCUGCGGCGCAACCAGAAUCCGCACCGGACUUCCCUCCCCGGAGCCCCGUCGCCGGCGCCAGAGUCCACUUUCCGAACCCCGCCGAUGCCAUCGAGGUGUUCGUUGAUGGGUACCCUGUGAAGAUCCCCAAGGGCUUUACGGUGCUGCAGGCCUGCGAGGUUGCUGGCGUUGACAUUCCCCGAUUCUGCUACCACAGCCGCCUCUCCAUCGCGGGCAACUGUCGCAUGUGCCUCGUUGAGGUUGAGAAGUCCCCCAAGCCUGUUGCCUCUUGCGCCAUGCCCGCCCUCCCAGGGAUGAAGAUUAAGACAGAUACGCCAUUGGCAAAGAAGGCACGAGAAGGGGUGAUGGAGUUUUUGCUGAUGAAUCAUCCUUUAGACUGCCCAAUUUGUGACCAGGGGGGAGAAUGUGAUCUCCAGGAUCAGUCUAUGGCUUUUGGAUCUGAUCGUGGUCGGUUCACUGAAAUGAAGAGAUCUGUGGUUGAUAAGAAUCUGGGACCAUUGGUAAAAACUGUGAUGACUAGGUGUAUUCAAUGUACAAGAUGCGUGAGGUUUGCAACUGAGGUUGCAGGGGUUCAGGAUCUUGGCAUGUUAGGUCGCGGCAGUGGAGAAGAAAUUGGGACUUAUGUUGAAAAGCUAAUGACAAGUGAACUUUCUGGAAAUGUAAUAGAUAUCUGUCCUGUUGGGGCACUUACGUCGAAACCUUUUGCUUUUAAAGCCAGGAAUUGGGAGUUAAAGGGGACAGAGACAAUUGAUGUUACAGAUGCGGUUGGUUCCAACAUUCGAAUUGAUAGCAGAGGUCCAGAGGUUAUGCGCAUCCUCCCAAGGUUAAAUGAGGACAUAAAUGAAGAAUGGAUAUCAGACAAAACUCGAUUCUGUUAUGAUGGUCUGAAGAGGCAGAGGCUGAAUGACCCAAUGAUUCGUGGUCCUGAUGGACGGUUUAAGGCUGUGAGCUGGCGCGAUGCCCUCGCUGUAGUUGCUGAGGUUGUUGAUCAAGUAAAACCAGAGGAAAUUGUUGGUAUAGCUGGUCAGCUGUCUGAUGCAGAAUCCAUGAUAGCCCUGAAGGAUUUCUUAAAUCAGAUGGGUUCAAAUAAUGUAUUUUGUGAAGGAAAUGGCAUGCAUCCAUGUGUUGAUCUGCGUUCCGGAUACCUUUUGAAUAGUAGCAUUUCUGGUUUGGAGAAGGCGGAUGUUUUCCUUUUAGUUGGUACCCAGCCAAGGGUAGAAGCUCCUAUGGUAAAUGCCAGAAUACGGAAAACAGUCCGUGCUACCCAAGCAAAGGUGGGUUACAUUGGCCCGAUCACUGAUUUCAACUAUGAUCACCAGCAUCUUGGCAACGGCCCUCAAACACUUAUUGAUAUUGCUGAGGGUCGCCACCCAUUUUGCUCAGUCCUCUUGAAUGCUAAGAGCCCAGCCAUCAUUAUUGGUUCGGGGCUGUUUGAACGCAAGGACAAGGAUGCCAUUCUCUCUGCCAUUGAAACCAUUGCGGAACUGGGAAAUGCUGUCAGAUCUGACUGGAAUGGUCUUAAUGUGUUGCUUCUCAAUGCUGCGCAAGCUGCAGCAUAUGACCUUGGUCUUGUGCCACAAUCCAGAAAAACCUUGGAAUCCGCAAAGUUUUUAUAUUUGAUGGGCGCUGAUGAUGUUAAAUUGGAGAAGCUUCCAAAUGAUGCAUUUGUAGUUUAUCAGGGUCACCAUGGAGACAGGAGUGUGUAUCGUGCCAAUGUCAUUUUGCCAGCAGCAGCCUUUAGUGAGAAGGAAGGGACUUACGAAAAUACAGAAGGGUGCACUCAAGAAACUUUGCCAGCUGUUCCAACUGUUGGUGAUGCCAGGGAUGAUUGGAAGAUAAUUCGGGCUCUAUCUGAGGUUGCAGGAAUGCGAUUGCCUUAUGAUAACCUUGGUGCUGUCAGAUCACGGAUAAGGACUGUGGCAGCAAACCUCUUGCACUUGGAUGAGAGAGAACCUGCUACAUUUUCUGCUUCAGCAAAGCCCAAGUUUCGUGAAAAAAUGAAUUUGACAUCAUUUGGUGUUGCUGUUGAGAAUUUCUACAUGACUGAUUCAAUCACCAGAGCAUCCAAGAUAAUGGCACAAUGCAGUGCCAUGCUGAAGACCUGACUGAAAUGCCGUAAAACAUUGUAAUAAAGCUGCGGAUUCACUUGUUUUGAUUUGAUUAUCCUUAUUCAAGCUGUGUAGGGUUUUUUUUUUUUUUUUUUUUUGUAAUAUACACAUUUCAAUGCCAUGAGAUUUGUGCUCGCUGAAGGCAGCACAAAAUUUGGUUUGUAACUUGUCUAAUUUAAUGAGUAUUCUGGCCGUUGUGACCUCAACAGAUGCAAUAGCCUGUCUUUUACGCUCCAAAA